AUGUACAUUCGUUGGGCCGAGAGCCAUUCGCCAGUGGAGCCUCGCUCGCUAGACGGUUCAACGCGGUCUCCAGAGAUUCGCACAAUUCUUAUCACCUUCUCCAUCUUAUCCACUACCGUCGUCGCUCUACGAACCUACAUACGACAUAUGGUACUCCACUCUUUUGGUUGGGAUGAUGGAGUUAUGGUUAUUGCCCAGGUGUUUGCUCUCGGUGCCGCAGCGGCCAUUGGAUUAGAGAACAAAUAUGGGCUGGGUUAUCACACUUUGGAACAGCCGAAAGACUAUUUCAUACCUUACAUGAAGGCAUUUUAUGCUUCCGUUGUUGUUUAUAACGUCGGAAUGUGCCUCGUCAAGAUUGCCAUCCUCCUUCAGUACCGACGAGUCUUUUCCAUCCGAAUCAUCCAACAAUGUACUUUAUACGGACUGCUUUUCAUGGGCGCCUGGACUAUCACUAUCGCUUUUAUCAAUAUUCUCAUAUGUAUUCCCAUUGCAAAGUUCUGGGACGCAACUUUGCCUGGACACUGUAGCGAUACUUUGACUAUAUGGUACGUCAUGGCUGGCUUCAACCUAGUCACUGACAUUUCCGUGUUCUGUCUUCCGCUGCCUGUCAUCAGGAGUCUGAAGCUUCCAAAGAGGCAGAAGGCUAUGCUCCUUGCAAUUUUCAGCCUGGGAUUCUUGACUUGUAUCACCUCUGUUAUUCGUAUUCGGACAUUGAAAACAGCUGCGUCAACCAAAGAUCCCAACUGGGAUAAUGUCGACGCCGCGACAUGGUCUUUUCUCGAAGUCACCCUCGCUAUCAUCGCAGCGUGUUUACCAACACUCCGACCAUUAUUUUCCAAACUCAUGCCCAGAAUCUUCGGCUCCUCAUACGGCCGAAGUAACGGCCCAUCUACCUCUGGGCAAUAUGCGCAAUCCCGCAACUUUCAAUAUCUGAAGGAUAUGCCCAGAACAAGAACCGAAGAUGGACCUUCAGGCUCGAUGGAAGACACAACUGCUUUACGUGAAGAUUGUUGGUAUGCCUGCUCCAAGCCAGAAUUUCAACGAGAAGGUUGGAUCGCCAAGAUCGCCAAAGCUGUCAAAUUUUCCAAGAGCAACGUCGCCAAUACCGAUUAA